AAGAAACAUGUGGAAAGCGUUCACUUUCUUUGGAGAAAUGUACAAUCACAAAUCAGAUUUGAAACGAUCUCGAUUCACAAUUCAGGCUGACGUGCCAAAGUUUUGAAGAUAUUCAUUAAAAGUUGCAGUGCAAUGGAUCAAAAGAGUCUCUUUCCAAGUGUUUCUUAUAUCAAUGAAGCAUUUCUUAUCGAAAAUGAUAGAAAGGUGACUACUGAACUUUUCGGUGUUGCUGCGGAAAAGACAGAUUUUCUGGACUCGAAAUCGAAGCCAACCGUGACCGCAGACAAGACUCAUAAGACGAAACCCGAGCCAUCCUCUUGUCCAAGUCAAAUUCACAAGUUAACACAGACCGGCAAGUCGCAUAUCACAAAAUCUUCAAACAGAUCAAAAGCAAAUUGUCAAAGGUUCCGUAAGUCUCAUGUUGUGAGGCACGUUGCAUGCAUCAAUGAAUCAUCAGAAAUGAGAGAAUGUCUCAGCUUUGUGUGUGUACUCAUUUUAGGUGCAGCUGGAGUGGGUGUAUUCCUCGCAUUAAUGAAAUUCGCAGCGAGUUCUACAGUAACAACCGCACUCACAGUGAUUGGUUCAUGCAUGCUUUUGGUGUUCAUAUUCAUUUGCAUCACAACAUUGCUCAGAAACGGUACAUCACUGCAUAGAAGAUAAAAACAGACUGAAAACGUCCAUACUCUAAAAGUUUUCCCUUUCUUUGUGUCCAGUAACGUGACAAAAAUAAUAGCGUUAUGGACAACAUUUUAUUUUUCAUUCCUACUAUACUACUCAGCCGUCAAAAGUGAAAUAAAUGCAUUAGUGUAAACACUGAGGCAAUCCCCAUCCCAGGACUUCUGUAAUUCCCUAGUAUCCACUACUGUUCCACUGUUAGUGUCUCUAUUGCAGAUAUUUUGUGCCUGCAAAACUGUGACAAACAAUGGCAAGGUCAAGUGAUGGCAAAUAUGCCAAAAAUAUUAUCUCCAUCCUCCUUAUUAUAAAUGGAUUUAAGUACUCUAGUUAAUAUUCCAUCUUCUAGACAUAUACUCACAAGGCCAUCUAUAUUUAUUUUAUCAGUAUGCACUGUUCGUGUCUGUAGUUAGCAGUUUUCUACCUUCAGACAAGUGGCGAAGCGAGAAUAAAUGAAUAAAUGUGCCAAGCAUAGCCAUAUCGUUAUUUUCAUCCCUUUUUCUUUUCAAACUUGGCUAUAGAAAGGAAUUACUGUUGUUAAUAUUUCAUUUUCUAAUCAAAUGUCCCUAAAACUGGUUCACGGGGCAUCUGUAACAUUCUUGCCACCCAUCAGUGGUUUGGCAAUUCAACUUUCCAAAUAUAUAUAUAUAUAAUAAAUAU